AUGUCUCGGCAGUCCGUCUGCAGAAGCUUUGGAGGAGGGAGUAGGAAGGGCUACAGCUCCUGCUCGGCCGUGGCUGGGGGCUUCGGCGGAGGUGGCGGCAGGACCAGGAUCAGCUACAGCUCCUACUCCUCGUCCCGGGGAGGCGGAGGAGGUGGACAGUGCGGAGGCUAUAGCAGCAGGAGCCUCCACAACAUGGGGGGCAGCAGGAGGAUCGCCAUGGGCGGCUGCUACGGCGGCGGAGGCUUCCCGGGAGGCAGGAUGGGAGGCUUCGGCGGAGGCUACGGAGGAGGCAUGGGAGGCUUCGGUGGAGGGAUGAGCUGUGGAGGAGGAAUGGGUCCUGGAGGAAUGGGUGGCUUUGGUGGCGGCAUGGGUCCCGGAGGAAUGGGCGGCUUCGGCGGCGGCAUGGGGGGCGGCGGCAUGGGCGGCUUCGGCGGCCCCGGCUUCCCCGGGGGCAUCCAGCCGGUGCAGGUGGACCCCAGCCUCCUGAGGCCGGUCCACGUGGAGAUCGACCCUCAGAUCCAGCAAGUGAAGAACAGUGAGAAGGAGCAGAUCAAGACCCUCAACAACCAGUUUGCUUCCUUCAUCGACAAGGUUCGCUUCCUGGAGCAACAGAACAAGGUCCUCGCCACCAAGUGGGAGCUCCUCCAACAGCAAGGACCUGCAGGGCCCAGGAAGAACCUGGAUGUCAUCUUUGAGAACUACAUCCAAGGGCUGAGGAGGAGGCUGGAGGGGCUGGUGGGACAGAGGAGCCAGCUGGAGUCGGAGCUGCAGAGCAUGCGGCAGUACGUGGAGGAGUACAAGAGCAAGUACGAAGAAGAGAUCAACAGGCGAACAGCUGCCGAGAACGAGUUUGUGGUGCUCAAGAAGGAUGUGGACUGUGCCUACAUGACUAAGGUGGAGCUGGAAGCCAAGGUGGGAGCCCUGACCGAUGAGAUCAGCUUCCUGAGGUGCAUCUAUGAGGAGGAGCUGGCUCAGAUGCAGACCAUCAGCAGGGACCUGUCUGUGGUGGUGUCCAUGGACAACAACCGGCACCUGGACCUGGACAGCAUCAUCCAGGAGGUCAGGCAGCAGUAUGAGCAGAUAGCUCAGAGCAGCAGAGCCGAGGCUGAGGCUUGGUACCAGAGCAGGUAUGAAGAGCUGCAGAACACAGCUGGCAGGCACGGGGACAGCCUCCGCAACACCAAGAUCGAGAUCCAGGAGCUGACCAGGAACGUCCAGAGGCUGAGGGCUGAGAUUGAGAGCGUGAAGAAGCAGAACCAUCAGCUGCAGACGGCCAUCGCCGAGGCCGAGGAGCACGGGGAGAUGGCCCUGAAGGAUGCCAGGAGGAAGCUGGAGGAGCUGGAAUGUGCCCUGAGCAAGGACAAGGAGGAGCUGGCUCGCCUGCUGAAGGAGUACCAGGAGCUGCUGAACAUCAAGAUUGCUCUGGACGUGGAGAUUGCCAUGUACAGGAAGCUGCUGGAGGGAGAGGAGAACAGGCUGUGCAACGAUGGAAUGUCCAACGUCAAUGUCUCUGUGGUAGGCAAAGGCAGCGUCUCCGGAGGCAGAGGAGGCUUCGGAGGAGGCAGCGGCAUGGGAGGAGGCUUCGGAGGAGGCAGCGGCAUGGGAGGAGGCUUCGGCGGCGGCAGCUGCGGCAUGGGAGGAGGCUUCGGAGGAGGCAGCUGCGGCAUAGGAGGAGCAGGAGGCAGCUUCGGAGGGGGCAGCAUGGGCGGCAGCUGCGGCAUGGGGGGAGCGGUGUACGGCGGCGGCUUCUCGUCGGGCAGCGGCAGGGUGUGCGGCUCCGGCGGGGGCUCGUCCUCCGUGCGCAGAUGUGUGACCACCACCUCGGUCAAGUCCUCCGGAGUGAGGUUCUGA